UCUGCGUAGCGGCAGAAAUGUAAACAAAAUCCACAUAUUCGAAGUCCAAAUGUCGUCAUUUCGAGGCACAAGGCUUAUAAAGAUAUAGCAUGUGUACAGCAUAGACCGAUGACGCGAUGACGUGAUAGUUGGCAGCGGGUGAGGGAAUUUCGCGCCGGCGAUUAGCCGUACUCCCCAUGACAUAAUUACCCAAAACGGAGCAAUAUGAGUGGUGAGAUGAUAGGCGCCCGAUAUGGACAUGUAUCGCAUGGAGUCGCCAACGGGUUGCGUUUCCGUUCGCCAGCUUCGCGGGUGGGUACACAGGGCGAAAAGAUGCCCAAAAUGGUAUCCCCACGAGGAAUAUUCACAGUCCACUUAAGUACAAGCUUAUACCAAAAAACCCUACGCUUCUUCCUGUGCAGCUGCUUCCCACCCCCCGAAGUGCAGCCAAUUAGUGGCCUAAUCGAACUGCAAUCAAGCAUGGAAUUGAUCUACUCACAAUCAUACGUAUCGAUUGUCUUUUAUUGAUCAAGCCUGGCUGUUCAUAAAAUUCAAAUUCUGUGCCUCGUUAGUUAGAAGAUAAAGCCAUAUUAAUAGAUCACUUAAAUGUAUAUAUAGACUUGGCUAGGAGAACCGAACAUAUGAAAAUUUGCUACAAAUGUAACAUGGCACAUAGCUCUUA